UUUGAGCUCCUGAGAUGGAAAAACCUAGCUUCCCAGCAGCAAAUAAAAAGAGCCAUAAUGGUCUAUAAGUCUCUGCACGGUUUAGCUCCAGAUUUUUUAUGUUCUAAAUUUGAAAGGCAAGAAACUGCGUAUAACCUAAGAGACUCUGAGAAUAAGCUAAAUGUUCCUUUACCGCGCACAAACUAUUACAAAAAUAGCUUUAGCUCUAGUGGCACCACUCUUUCAAAUAGACUUCCUCGUGACAUAAGACAAGCAGAGUCCCUUGGGUUAUUUAAGGGUUAUUGAAAGCAGCUAAAGUUAGGUCUGUACUUUAAGUAUAGCAUUUAUUGUAUCUUAUCCAUUUAAUGCAUGUUUAUAUAUUUGAAUGUUUUUAUGGCUGAUGAAUUGUCCGUGGGAAAAUAAAGAUUAUCUAUCUAUCUAUCUAGAUGACACCCACACAACCUCUCAUCGCCCACUCGAGAACGAAAUAAGGGUUAUUGAUCAUAAUCCAUGUUGUCGCACGUGCAAGGCAAAGGAAACAACUUCCGUGCGAUCUCACCAUAACAUAUCGAGAGGGAUAGCGGCGAAUGAAUCCUAAAAUCAUGAAUGCCGGCGAAUCAUUCAUCGUGGCUGUUACGUUGCGGAUAAAAAGGUUAUUGAUCUCAAAAAUAACCGUUAUCGUAGAAAUUUAAGGACUGCAAAUUUAUUGAACAGAACAUUGUCAAGAACAAGUUACGUGUCUUUUUACCUUCGUUAUCAGGGCUAGAAGUAAUCAUUUUUAAGAGGCAAUUAAUUUAAUCUCCUAAGUCGAAUCAUAAUUGAAUAAAAAGAGUGGGUGUUACUUUCGUUAAUCUCUCGCUUAUCCCAGCGUUUUGCGUUUGUUUGUUUGUUUUUUUUUUUUUAUUGUUGCUUUUGUUUUUAUUCUUGUUUUUUCCUUUUUGUUGCUUCGUUUUUUGUUUCGUUUUGUUUUGCCGUCUUUUUUCCAUUUAUUUCCACAAUCCGAAGCUUCAUAUUGGACUAAAAUUUGUAACUCUCUGAGUGAGCAGGCUUAAGACUGUAAUUCAAUCGGUUAGUUAGGCGUUCCGUCGUUUCUUAUGUUGGUUAAGUUUUUCAGUGCGGCGUAUUUUCAAACAAAAUAAUUUGGCCAACUUAUUCAAUUGGCGGAUUUCCCCAACCGACAACGAACAAGCGCUCUAAACUAAGUGCGAGGAGUGUGCAGGGAGUUGUCACGAAAAGUAGCUGAAUUUGAAUACGACAAAACAAAAAAACUGUACACGUUCUUUCAGCUGCACUAUCUUAGAAAACUGUGUGAACUAUAGAAAAAAGUUUGCAGAUGACGGUAUGUAAGCAGUUGAAACUCGGCAAAAUUCAACUACUGAAUAAAGAAGCUGUGAAUAUGUGAGGCUCUACUGUAAAUCACUCAGGAAGUGGUUAGAGCGUGAUAAAAGUUUAUUAGGAAAGGCGCGAUUUAGUUGUGAGUUAUCCUCAAGGUUUCCCUUUUACUCUACACGUCUUGUGUGUAGAGUAUACCAUCCAUUCUUAACAUUUUUUGGCAUGAGAAGUCAAUUAGGACCUUCUAAGAUACGUGCCCUUCAAAUGGUAUAAAACGGGUGUAGAGCCUUCAAAUUUUUAUUGCAAAACUUAGCUUUGUUGCGAGUACUACGAUCUCUAAUAGAUUCCUGAGGGUGGAGAACAAUGGACAUCAAAAAGGUUUUUUUAGUAAGUAAAUCAAGGGUUUGUUGACUUUUAUUUUCAUAGAGUAACAAAAUUGAAUCUCUAAUUAUAAUAUUAUUCGUGGCGCUGAGUUCGUUUGCAAUCACUGAUUAACAUCGAAGGGUGUAGCAGUUCGCAAACUUUAUCACAGAUGUAGUUGUAACAAUUCUCCUGGGUGAGAAAAAAAAGCAUUGGUAAAGGGGGAAUUAGUUAUUCUUUCUCCUUUAGGUGUUUUCGGAAACAAAGUCUGCGAUAAUCGUUACGCAUCUGGAGAAGGAUAGGAUGGGGUUUGAUGCACCACACCAAUAUUGAAGCGUUGCCUCCAGCUCUCGAAGCUCGCUUGCCUUUUUUUCCAAACAGCCCUCUCUGAGCUGCUUUUUAAAUAAAAGUUGGAUUCAGAUAGAUUGUAAUUCUUUUUAACAAUUGUCUUUUAAAUCACGUUGGUAUAAAAUAGAAAAAGACUCGCUAAUUCAAAGCUUCAUUUUUCGAACAAAUCCACAAAUCUUAUUUAGUUUUGGAGGCUUUUCUUCUUUCACUGCUAUAGAGUUCCAAGCAUAUCAUAGACGUGAUUUCAGAUUCAAGUCUACAAAUGAACGCAUGUCCCACUAACAAGAUCUUUCUUAAUCUUUGCUCCCACUUUAAGCAAUCGGAACGUUUCGAUCUCAAAAAUCAUAUAUGUUCUUUCAUCUAUAUUGAGUUUUGCAUCACUUACAUUCAUUAGGCAAGAUAAUGAUUACCUAAUUGGGUAAAACCGAUGACAGUUAAACAUUUCCAAGUCCUCCUGGGAAACUCUGCGGAGGAGCAUUCUAGAAUAGAAUGGUGCGGUCACGUUUCAACACUCAGCUGUCAGCACGUUUUUAUAAACUUCCUCAUAUUAACUAAUAACAAGUCGAUGAUUUGGGAAAUGACACGUAAGAUGCCAAGGUGUCAGUUACCAGGUCAUGGAAAGUAAAUUGAAGUCACUUUUAAAAAAAGAACAGAAAAACACAUAGGCAAACAGUUUUAUUUUCACCAGAUCUUUCAAUCGAAGUUUUCUCUCAGACUGGCCGAGGUUUUUGUGUAUCUCCUUUUUGACUUUAGGUUCUUAAACUUUGACAGAAUUGGCGAUGUUACCAUGAUACUUCAUGAACUGAAUUAUACACUCUUGUAAUACGUUUUUUAAGCUCAAUCGGUAUGAAAUAGAAAAAGGGGGGGCAAAAUCCAAGUUAAGCAAUAGGCGAGAGAAAAAAGCCUCUUAGAAGUCAGUCAAGCAGAGAAUAAAGUUGCUCAUCGUACUGUGACUGUACAACCUUUUGUUGUCAAAUUUUCGCGUCUAAUGCAUUAUCAAGUUCUUCUAAUUGCGGCCGACUUACUCAAGAACCGUAAAAGGUACUCGAGUGGUCCUCUAACGCGGAUUUUUCAAUUUCUUUCUAUCCAGAUUGCAUUUGUAAUUGUGCUAUCACACGAAAAAACAGGAUCGAGCCACAUUCCACUGGUAAGAAGCAUAGGUUCGUCUUUUAAAAGAGAGACAUGCGUUAGUGGAGGAAAUCUGAUUAAGAUUUACACACACCAAUGUCAAGUUGUAAACGGAAAGAAGCAGUGUCCGGUUUACUGCAAUGGCAGAGGCACUUUCGACCAACAGACAAGUGGGUAUUACGUGAUUACAAUAUACACUAUCACUGAAAAAGAUUUGUAGCUUAGUUCUUGUAGCUUUCAUUUGUUCAGGAGUUUUAAAAUGGCUGUACCUUUUGACACUACAAUAUUACUAAGAAAACAAUUAAAUUUUAGGCUCCAUAUCAUUUGAAGGUUUAAAGUCGGAUAUAUGCAUCCAAGUACUUUAUAACCCGCAAAAUUUCCAGUGAAGAGAAAACAAAUUCAAAACUUUUUUUUUUCUUGUUUGUUUCUUCGCCUUGGUCUUUUACCUUAGCUCAUGGAAUAAUCUUCCUUAAGUCACAGAUGCCAGCUUGCACAACCGUACCCAUCUCUCCUCUCGCAAGGAAUCCCUAUAUUAUCAUUAAAGUACCAUUUAGGAGGAGUACGUUGAGUCACUCGCCAUUAAGAUAAUUUUUAUUCAUUUUAUGUCAAACCAAUGCAGUGGUUGUAAAAUUUGGUCCAUUCACAAAUAUUUCAGUUGAGACCAAGCUGUGUUGGGACAAAAGUCGAGCUUAAUAUCGCGUUAAUGACAGUUUUAGCAGAUGCGUGAAUAAUGUGAUAAUAGAGACCGAUGUUUUUUCGUCUUGUCACGAGCGUGGAACAAGGAAAAAAUUCUGAGUCCUCAUUAGGAAUCGAAUCUCAGACCCUCGGAUUCCGCGCUCCGAUGCUCUACCACUGAGCCACAGAGACUCCACGGUGAGCGCGGUGUAUCACGAAGUCAGGAGCCCAUCACUUAUAUGUAAUGGGCUCCUGACGAAGUUCAUAUGAAACGCAUCCUGUAUACUGCUAGCAUCCGCAAUGUCGAUAGCGUGACAAGAGUGGUAGAGCAUUAGAGCACGGAAUCCGAAGGUCUGAGGUUCGAUUCCUAAUUCCUAAUUGUCCCAAAAAAACCAUCUUUCUCUUUUUCUUUACCGAGCUCAAAACUUACUAUCUCUCUUAUUCUAAAUAUGAUAAUAUGUAUGAUAAUAUAAAAUUCUGUUAAAAUGACGAUAACAUGAUCGGAAUUGGUAUCGAUUUCGCUUGAAAAAUUGCUCACCAAGUUAGUGUCAGACGCAACAUUUCAGAAACGGUUAUAGAGCUUUGCUGAUUGAGCCUUUCUCCAAAACUUAUGCCACUUUCUUUGAUAUUUCCCAAACACACCAAUGUCAAUUCUGCCAUGAACGAUAACUGACGGCCAAAGCUGUCCUGAGUGCUCGAUCCCUCGAGGAUAGCAACAAAUAUAGCUCAGGAAAAUUUUAAAAAGUCUCCAAUAUUUCUUUUUGCACUAAGAAGUAUAAUAUAUCAUGUGUAAAUGAUGGCAUUGAUGACAGAUUUGCAGAAUACAAAGCACUAGGGAUUACAUAUUUACAUGUAUUUACAAAAAAUCAUCUGCACGAAAAGCAAAGUCGUCUUCCACAGCGACUAGCUGAUUCGAUGAUGAUAACAGUAGUGGAUUGUCGAAGUCCUUCCAAAUUCGUUUUUUUUUAUUGAUAUGGUAAUUAUCUUGCAGGAUUUGAGAUCUCGAAGUACAAAAGUAAGAAGUGUAUUCAAUUUGAUGACGGAAGCAUCAGAUAUUCGUUGAAAGUCAUAAAUGGGACGGACGUAAUUUUUGAGGUGAGUUUAGAUUGCUUAUACAAAAGGAAAGCAGAACCUAUUUAGGUUGGUCGUUUAGGUCUACUACAAGUGCUCAAGUCCUUGUCUUUUCCUUAUUUUCUUGCUCCUUACUCAUAAGCAACUUAUGGUUAUGGUUAUGGUUAUGAUAAAAAUUGAAAAAUAAUAAAUACUAUUAUUUUGCUCUCUAUGCAUGAGCGGGCGGUAUUCUACAAAUCCUGCAAUCUGAUUGAGCGGUAGUACUCUCCAAUCCAGCCCUCUCACGCCGGGCGCUAUCCUAUUGGUUGCGUGAUGAGUCGACCGAUAAAUCCUUAUUUGGCUUCGUUGUAAAUUUUCAUAAAUAUGUUUUAUUUUGCCGGCUGGCCAGCAUUUACAGGGAAAGAUUUCAAUCAAGACCUAUAACCGACAAACAACUUUUAAUGGAAUGAUAAUCUCGACGACGAUUACGAUGAUAAUAAGAAAGUUGAUAACAAUAGCAAAGAAAAUAAACUGAAAAAUUAUGUGUCAAUAAGCAAAUGCAGAGAAGAGGACUGUAAAAGAUUCAGGCUUCAACAAGACAUUUGAUUUUUUUUUUCAGGCUUCUUUUCUGCAGUUGCGUAAAUUGCAGCUCACUUGCGAGGAUUGCUUGAUUUUCAUCCGCAGGUCAAAUGAAGUUAUUUCAUUAAAAAUUACAAGUAAAUGUUAAAUUUUUUGUUUUGUAGGAACAGUCAGCGUGCGAUACAACAACCAGCCACGACUUCUUAUUCAAAGAAGAGAAAAAUACCGCCGGAAAAUUUACAUACAAAUACACCUCGAGUACCAAUCAGGCGUUGUACCUCGGAGUUAGUGCCAACUGCUCUGAUGAAAAUCUAUAUUUUCUUUCCACAACUAAUCAAGACAAACGGUGUUUCAUGGAGAGAUGGUCUUGACUGUAUGUUGAUUUCACAAAGUUCUGAAUUUUUAAAGAGUGGCCAAAUCAAGUGGAUUUAGUUCUUUUGUCAGUGAUAUUAUUGAAUCUUUCGAUGAAUCUAAUUUCUUAAGUGUGCAAAGAAUAAAAGAUUUUUAUUAAAAUCUAAUUCGUCACUUGCAUUUUAUUACGCAAUCUAGUCACCAUUUUAUUAUUAUUUUGAAAUCCCUGAGAAACAAACAAUAAUCGAAGGCGCUGAUCUUAUUUUUCUACUAGUACGACAUUGUUACUACUUGAAAAUUAUUUGAUACCCACUGUGUUUUGGUCAAAAGUGUCUCUGCUAUCGCAGUAAACUUUAAACUGCUUCUUUCCGUUUACAACUUGACACAUGUUUGUGUAAUUUUUUAUCAGCCAGCCUCCACCUCAUCAAUCUUUUCUUUUUAAAAACAGAACCAAUACUCGUCACCAGUAGUUUCGGUCUUGAUUGAACGUUCUCGGAUAAUUGAACAUUUACAAAUGUGAUAUAGAAAGGAAGGGAUUUAAGAGCAACUGGAGAACCUUUUAUAAUAGGUGAAUAAAUUAGUUGAACUCACUUUGUGUUUCUGGAGGAACUUCGUGAUGUGACAGAUCUGUAUAUUUAAGAGCAAACAAUUCGCACAGUCACCGUUUCAUGAAACACAUUUGUCGUCUGGGUUCACUUAAUGUUUAACUUGUGACAGGAUUCAAGGAUUUUUUUCUUUUAUUUAGCUGAUUAAGACCUUCCUAAAGUCUGAUCUUUCUCUCCAUUAUGAGGGUUGCUGCCCUCUGGUGUCGCCCUUUUCUUUAUAUGUAUUAUAUGUAUUAAUAGGAAAACAUUCUUCCUUUUUUUCCUUUUUCUCUUUCAUUAGAAAUCAGUUGAGCUUCGCAGAAGUUGAACAAAAGUAUUUGAUUCAGUCGUGAUGUGGCAUCAUUGUAAAAUAGCCAAUUGUCUCAAAAUUCAGGAACUUGAAGUCCAAACAAACAGUUUUUUCUACAUAAGAUUUUGGCCAGUGUGAAAAAAUAACCUCUCCAAACUUCGAGUGGGAGAUCUUGUGCUAAUACAAUUUAGUAUAACCUUGUUUUUUAUUUCUCUUUUGAUAUUAAGUUUCCCUUUAACAAUCGUUCAGUAUUUCCCUGUUAUUAUACUUCACUCUAUCACAUUAAAUGUUAGUUGUUCUGCGUAACCCGUCUCACUGACCUUUUUCUUUGUUAAUAUAUGCAAGUUUUAUCAGAAAGUGUUAACAUUAGUUGCGUUACAUCAGUGUAACCUUUUGUUUAGAGUCACUUCACUGAUUGUUAAUGGCGACACAAGAUUAUACAUCAAUGUAUUGACGUGACAUGACUUCAUUAUCAACUUAGUUAAAUUUCUUAUUUCUGUUGAGUGUGGUUUUUCAAUCAUGGUUGUAUUGAAAAUAAUAUGAAGCAAAAAAAUAGUGAAGAAAAUCUUUAAAGACUUGCUUGUACCAUGUUAAAUUCCAUGUUAAAAAUGUUGUUAAAUUCUCGUCUGAUUUUAAAAACCGUAUCAACCAAACGCCACUAAGAAGGAGUUUUCAGACAACAUGUGGUUCCUGUUGGCAAUUUUGUUACAUAAAAGAAUUAAAAGUUAAGCCCAAAGCCACAAAAGUAUGAUAUCCGAUUGACUCAAUCAUCUUCUGUCUAAUCGAUCAUCAGAAAACGUGAGGCAGGUGCUGAGCUUUACGUUAAAAUGGAAAAUACUUAGAAAGCUAACCUCUUACGCGUGAAAUUGAGAAGCAAUGCGGCAUAGCCGGUUGCAAACAAUCAGGCAUGUGUCAGUUAGCCAACUUUAAAUCAGGAUAGAAAUGGCCAAAAUUGUUUUCUACGAAGCUAAAAAUGGGAUGUAUUUCUUAAGAGGUAAAAGUGAAAUUGAAAAGAUUUCGGAUUAAGCAAAAAUGAUCAAAUAACAUGAAACCUUAAGCUCACUAAUGCGUAGUUAAUCAUAUACAGCAAAUGAAGCAUUCAUUUGGACACAUGUCAAGGACUUAAGUAUAUUGAUGAUUGUAAAAGGCUUACUCUGACUAACUCUUACUACUCUGUUCACAGUGAACCAAUCGGUAAUCUAGAAACAGUCAAUUGCAUAUAUGUAAAAAGAAAAAGAAAAAGAGAGCGCGAGUUAUGAUGUACCCUUUUCAAAUGAACAAAAGCAGCUUUAGACUCCCUGAGACAUUUCUAGAAGAACACUCUCGUACCAAUGUCAAGUGGUCAAUUAUCCUGAUCUUUAAAGCUGUGAAAGCUGUAUAAGCUAGCCUGGUGGAGCACAGCAAAACGUGGAAAACAUCUAAAACUUUCUUGGUUUAAAGGCCGUGGUUCGAGAAAUGAAACUCAACGCACUUUUAAAUGUUUGUGACGGUCUUUAAACAUCUACCUUUGGUUAUCUCCAACAAGUUGCUUUAAGAUCGUGUACGCCUUUGAGUAUCAGAAAGUCAUCGAAAAGAGAAAGUUACGCAUCAUCAAUGGCAAAAAGUUAUAAUUAAUUAUCCCAGGAACUACUACAAAUUGCUUAAAAUCAGACAUAGGAGAAUUGUUAAAUCUAUGCCUAUAUAAGUUUUCAUUUAAAGUCAUGAAAAAUGGACGGUUUUCAUUUAAACUAGAUCAUUAAAGGGCAGAAGUGUUUUUGACAUUUCCCAAAGGAAAAUUCUGUGACUGUGGACGCUGUGAAUCGUUUGGUCUUGACGCCAUCUAUUCCCCGUUGGAGAGAGACCAAAUAACGGUUGCGAAAGGGACAAAGCUUGCAGCCGUUCCUAUAACAGAGUGAAAAUCAAAAUUAUUCGUCAACAGUUAGUUGCCUCAGAAAUAAAAUUCCACGUAUUUUUACAACGAAAAGCAAGCUGAAAGUCUGUUUUAACUGUAAUAGACCCUAACCAAAGAUAUAUUGCGAUCUCGAAUAGGUCAAGAUACAUUGAACAAGAAAAAAAAGGAUAAUAUUACAAAGAAGGCUCCUUGAGCGGUUGUUGCCUAUCUGGACUUCGCCCUCUAUGUGAUAAAAUACGUGAUUAAAUACAGGUUGUUUACAAGGAAAUGACACCUGAUGGAGCGAAGUCUACUGUGGAAUCUGGGAGAGAUCUAACUCAUAAAUUCCAAAACUUGGUUGAUGGAAAAUGUGAAGUUUAGCAUCACUUUAUACGAUCCCGGGGAAAGAUGCCUGGUUCACAAAGUUCUUCCAAUUUGUUAUCAUUGCUAAAAUAUGUUAAAAAUUAAUGGCGCAUUCUGGAGAGCAAAAGAAAGGGAAUAAUUUGAGACACUGGAUCAGGUCUAGACCCUUUUCCUUACUCUGGACACUUCCGGCAUACUUUACGGUAGAAACAGACUCUAAAUGAUUCAUUCAUUUGUUAAAUAUUUUCUUUAACAAGUAGUUUUUAUAUUACAUCAGGUAAUAUAAAAACUACUCUUUGAAUACCACAACAAGACAAACAGAUAAAGAAAAAAAAGACAACUGACCGCUUGAAUUACAAACUGACUGACUGAUCAACUGAACAUGCUGCCUUGAUGUUAAUAGUACAAGUACUAAACAAAGUCAUAGAUAAUAGAGAGAGUGGAAAACAACAACCGUGGGAUACGUGAGAGACUAGCUAAAAUUAUCGGAUUAUAAAAUUAUCGGAUAAUAAAAUUAUCGGAUUUUAAGGAUUGACUUCAUUACCACUCAUAAUUGCUUCAUGGUAGCUUGGGAGGCAAUUCUAAAAAAUAUGUAAAACGUACUUAAAAAGUAAUCUUAUUGAUAAUUAUUGAAAACUUAAAUGUCUACGGUCGCCUCAAAAAUGUGAGUUUCAAUACAAGUCUUCAACUACGCAAUUUCCCCGGAAUUACCGUGGCAAGUAAAAAAACUGACUCGCUUAUCAAACCGCAACAAAUUAAAACACUAUUUAACUUUCAAUCCACGAUGGUACAUGACGUCUAUGAUAUUUGACAUGGGAUAGAUUGACUUUUUUUUGCCAGUGAAACCAAAUGUAACAAACUUAGUACACUAAGUAAGUGCGAUUUUUGUGCAAGUUUGCCAAUUCUAGCUGAGACCACGACUGUAACAAUAUUUUUGUCGCCGAACUGCGUAAAUCAGAAAUUCCACGACCAGGCAGCUUGACUUAAUAGUCCAGGUAUUUAGUUGAACCCCGUCGUUUGUCAGUAAACAUGGCUUUGGCUUAUCAAGACGAUUUUUUACGGAAUGGAGUCGGUUUUUGAUACAGAAAAUGUCUUCACGCGCGUCCUAGAAAUAGGAGGACAAAACCUGAGGCAGAUUUGGCGAUGACGCAUAAAGCAGCAAAAUAACCAAAUAUUACCAACGGCAAAAAGGAAAGAAUAAGCCAGAGAGAGAUUAGCUGUGAAGAAGCAAGCAUACAUCCGAAAUCCCUGACAAUCUAAUCAUUAAUGUUCAAAUAUUUUGAAGCUACUGUCAAAGAAAAAGUCCACACCCAAAUUCCCAAAGAUUUGUUUUGAAGAGCCAAACGCGUCUUUUAAAGUUCAGUACUUCUAUCUAAUUUGGCCCUACUUCUAUUUUAACUCAUUGUAUAUCCAUUGCGCUUCAGCGAUUUUCGUUCUUAGUCGGAAGAAGCGAUGACUGUAAGCUAUAUAAGAGCUGACUUCAACAAAUAAUUCAUAUCGUUACACAUGAAUUGAUGGCCCGUUUGCAUUCAGUGAGCGUCCAGUUUAAGUGCUGUUUUAGAGAAUUAUUGUCUUCGGCUGGUUAUCGCUUUUUAAAACUAUUCGGAUUUCUCUCUUUACAUUGUUGGGUAACGUGGUUUCUGAGGUUUUUUAUCUUUUUUGACCAAAAAUUUCACUAUCGUGGUUAUUUUGCAUCGUUACGAUAUAUACUUUAGUGCAAAAGCUCAUUAUCCCUCGCCCACGUUGAUCUCGGAACACCGGAGGCCGGCAAAACGCAAAGCUCACGAAUAGUAGAGCAGCUUCUAAUACUGACUACUAUGAACGUGGAAUCAUGUUUUCAAGUAUAGUCUUAUUAAUAUAUCUUUUUAAUUUUACAUUUGUCUGGAAAAUUUAUUGUCUCUGGUGCACAAGUCACUUACCGCAGCGCGGCGAGGCGCACAUCAAACAACAUAAGGGCUUCCGUGAAGGUUUGAGUUAAGCCGUGCAUGUCCCUCGGAAUGGAUUAGCAAGGCGUUUAUUUUCAUCAUUUUUAAUUUCCACAAUCAUGUUUAGCAUUUUCCCAACAAUCGUGGACGACUGACCUCUCGCUAACGUUUCCUUUCGGCUCAUGAGUGUAACUGCGUGAUAGACAAUAAGAAAUUAACAGUUUUCACGUCGGCAUCAAAUUAGCCUGAAUAUAUUUGUGUUUUCACUUCUGAAAAACAAAAGACAUCGUAUUUCUAUUGAUAAUUGUUGUAUUUUAAUGACAAAGAUGUGAGUUACCCUCUGACAUCUUUGGUUUUCCUUGAUAACACAUGACGACUUUAGCCCUAAAACUAACCCUUACCCUUAUUGAAAACAAACAGGGAACAUUUCAAAGACAAAAUUAAGUUGUUUUUAAAGCAUUAUUAGUUUCAAGAUUGUGUUUACUUUUAAAUUAACAAUUAGAGCAAUUUUAUUAUCUUAAUGAAUAGAUAAGGAAAACAUACACCAAAAAGAUUGUAAUCGAGACAUCUGACUUUUCGCCACACUUAAAUUAAUGUUUCGAUUUUCAGGAAUCGCUUCCGAUUCUACUUGAGAAAGAUUGCAAUCAUGUUUCGAUGCUUCUCAUAAUCGUUCAAAGCUUUCUAAUUUUUUUUUUACUGUUUUCUUAAACACUCGUCACAUUUGUAUAACUUUGCUUGUGGAAGAACAUUAACACAAAUUAUGAUCGAAUAUGGUUCAUGCAAAGUGUCUCAAGAGUAAUCAUCUCUCAAUCGCAUCAACAGUAGGCCGGUAGUGGAUUAUCGCCCCCUUUGUUCCUAUUGUACUUAAUUUGUUAAUAACAGGCUUCAAGGAGAAAAGCUGAGAAAUUACGUUCCCGAAAUUUCGAAAGUUUUUGCGCAGAGCGAAAGAUUAUGUCGAAGCUGACAAUCUUUACAAGGUGUGGUUGACGGAAGGAAUUCCUUGCACAUACACGUACAUUACACAGUUGUUUCUUCGAGGAACUUAAGCUACAACCUUCGCUUAACCUCUUAUCUAGAUACAAGACAGAUAGAACUGAAGCGAUUUACGAAAUUAAAAGUCCUUAUACCCCUGCUAAAACCUAAUUUCCUGUCUACGUGCCCGUCUUGACAAGGCAAAUGAAACCAUGCCGCUAGCGUCGAUGAUUAGAUUUAAGGAUUUUUCUCAAAAUCUCAAUAUUGCCACUGGUGUUAUCUCUCCAACAUGUCCAGCUGUACCGAAGAUUUGGUAAGCGUUUGCUAAAGCAAGGUCAAGGUCAUUGAAUUCUCAAAGUCUACGAAACAUAGAGAGGAAAACAAAAACAAUUUUAAACUGAAUGAAUCAACCAAAUAACAAGGAUCUCCCUGUACAAAAUUUUUUCUAGAAUUCCAAGGGAGACAUUAUAUGACAAUCACAAAAACAACGCCAAAAGUCAACGACUUGAAACUUUUUUUUUCUUCUGAAUGAAAAUGGUUUAGCAUGAUUUAAGUUCGGUUUUCACAGUUUCUCUUAAUAGGAGCCAAAUUCAUGCUCAAUGUUUCUUCGACCUGGCCUGCAAAAUGGCAUGUGAUGGCAGCUGAAUAGAAAGGAAAAUAAUUUUUAAUAAGUUUUACACCUCUCAGACUCAACAAACGUUGCGGUUAUUAUGACAACGGAUGAACAGCAGUGGACGGCUAGGAGAGGUACGAGGUUUCAAACACAGUACUAUUUUUCUGCUCAUAAAUGUUCCUGUCGCCACACACUCAUUGUCUUCGCUUACCGGUUUUAUCUGAAAUCACUUCUAGUGAUUAUCCUUUUUCUUAAUUAGAAGGGAGAUCGAAAAAGACCAAGAAAGCGCUCAGAAAGUUAGCCAAGUCACCACCGCAAAAUUGCUUGGAGUGACCAUCGAUAACAAACUCUAUUGGAGCAGUCACGUCGAUAAG